UCUCUCGCGUCUGACGGUCUGACUCGAAUGAAUGCUUUGGCGGACGAGCUAAAUUAAUUUCUGGGGUUUCGUUUUAGACGCUAACUGAGUCUCCCAUCUCUCCUUCUAUUUCUGUCUUUCUCCCUCUCUUCCUCCUCCUCCUCCUCCUCCUCCUCUUCCCUCGAACCCUUCUGCGCCCUCUCCGGUAAUGUCGGGCUGAAGACGCCCUGAUCCUUAUGACUAUACAUCCCAAAAAAAGUAUUCCUACGUCUGUCUCGUCAUGUCGAUUCUAGCGCGACCGCUUAAGCGAAGGUUGGACGAUCUCGAAGGGCUUACCGAUCAGCAACCCCCUCCUCUUUCACGCGGGUUUCGUCAGGGGACAGCCCAUCAUCCAUCGGAGGAUUCUAUCUAUUGUGGAAUCGACUAUUCCCACUCCAAUGAACGCCCAAAUACAUCAGGAACUGCCUCGCGUUUUGCCUCCCCGUUUAGGGACUGCAACUCUGGCCGGGCAUCACCCACACGCUUCGAAGAGCCUUUCCAAACGCAAAGGAAAUUCUCGCAGAAUGCGUCGAUUGUCUUGAUUGGUGUUCGUGGUACGGGCAAGUCGAGUUUUGCCGUUAUGCUGGCGGCGACUUUUGGGCGGCGUGUAAUCGAAGCCGAUCGAUAUUUCCGAGAAGUGACGGGACGCUCUCGGGCUGCUUAUAAAAAGGAGCAUAACCUCGCGGAGUACCGGCAACGGGAGAUGAUGGUGAUGGAAUCCAUGCUUACGGAACAUCGGGAAGACUGUGUUAUAGUCUGUGGUCCAGGAGAUGUUGAGCGCAACGGUCAAAUCCUGCUCAGAGAGUAUGCGAAAACCCACCCGGUCAUUCACAUCGUGCGAGACCCCAAAAGUAUCCAGUCCUAUCUCAAAGCUUGGGAUACCCAUAAAGUUCGUCGUUUGCUUGAGCUCUCCGGUCCCGUUUAUCGCGCCUGCUCGAAUUUCGAAUUCUUCAACGUCUCUGAGAUGGCUAGAGGAGGAGACCAUACCCUUGGCAACAAGGAGGGCCAAAACUACAGCCAGUGGGACGCCGAAGUAGAUCAACGAGCACAGACCUCCACUCCAUUCCUUAUGCUAAAGCGACUACAGCGUGAUUUCCUCCGAUUUGUCACCUUUGCUACGGGGGAUAUCGCCGAAUUGCAGAACCAGCUUCCACUUUUUCCGCUCUCCUUGCAACCGAUCGAGUCCCGCCAGUUUACCUACGCGGCGACGGUGCCGAUCUCGUCACUCUUAGAACGCGACCUAGAUAUCGAAGAGCUAGAAUCUACUGCGGACGCUUUUGAGCUGAAGAUUGAUGUUUCUGCGCCUCCUUCUGCCCAUCUCGGUCUAGACUCGAAUCUCGCAGGUGGGAUUAGUCAAAUGGUGGCGAGAAUUCGACGCAAUAUUAUCGUGCCCCUGAUCUACCACGUCGAGAAUACCAUCCGGCCGGCUUCCCAAUAUACGGAACCCUUACGGCGCUCUGAUUCGUCAUACCUGGAACUAUUGCAGCACGGGUUACGCUUAGCUCCUGAGUUUGUGACUGUGGAUCUGUCGUUUGAUGAUAGUCUUCUAUCUCAAAUAGUGACUGCCAAAGGAUCAACCAAAGUGAUUGGGCAUUAUUCAGUCCCUCAGGCCCUUCCCAAGGGCUGGGAUAGCCCCGAAUGUUUAGGCCUGUACGAAAGGGCCAAGCGACUUGGGUGUGACAUGGUUCGAUUGACACAGCCUGCAGCCUCGAUGGACGAUAACUUGGCCGUGCAACGCUUCCGUCAUCAAAUCAAAACCAUGCCAGGACCGCAGCUCCCUAUAAUCGCAUAUAAUUCUGGCGCCUUGGGUCGACAGUCCUGCUGUUUUAACCCAAUCUUGACUCCUGUGACUCCUCGACUUUUAAUCUCUGAAGCCUCAGCAAAAGGCCUGCCCAUGAUCACCUUGCAAGAAGCGCUGGACGCACUUUACACCUCCUUCGUUCUGGAUCCCAUGCAAUUUUUUCUUUUCGGUGCCAAUGUCACCUACAGUUUGUCUCCCGCGAUGCACAACGCGGCCUUUAAGAUGUGUGGAAUGCCCCAUUUUUAUGCUAUCCACCAAGCACCGACACUACGAGGCAUCAAAGAGCUGGUAGAAGCCCCGAACUUUGGGGGAACCAGUGUCAGCUUACCAUACAAAACAGAAUCUAUACCCCUCGUUCAUUCUAUGUCUCCGCAUGCACGCGCAAUAGGCGCUGUUAAUACUUUAAUCCCCAUUCGCAAGCUCGAAGAGAGUUCAGAUAACUCCUUGGAUAUGGAGAAAAGCCGUGCAGGUCCAAUUAAGGGCUUACAUGGAGAUAAUACCGAUUGGAUCGGAAUCUGCAACUGUAUUCGACGGGGCCUGUCACCCGCGAAUGUCAUACGUCCUACUACCACCGCACUGGUUAUUGGAGCUGGCGGAAUGGCCAGAGCUGCUAUAUACGCUAUGAUUUAUCUAGGGGUACAGAAUAUUUUCAUCUGGAACCGCACACUCAGCAACUCCGAAAAGCUCGCGUACCACUAUAACCGGCAGAAUUUGCACGCUCCAGGGAAAAGUGGACCGGAUUAUCGUCCUCAUAUCCAGAUCUUGAGGUCGUUACACGACAACUGGCCAGCCAGCUAUAAGCAGCCAACCAUCAUCUGCUCAUGUAUUCCAGCGCAUCGGAUAGGUGAUCAACCCGCACCAAACUUUCAACUUCCUCCUCAAUGGAUUGAGUCACCAACUGGUGGAGUGGUUGUGGAUCUUGCAUACAAACCCCUUAACACCCCACUAAUGAGACAAAUACGAUCUCUCUCCCACCGCGGCUGGGUAGCUCUUGACGGUCUCGAUUUCCUCCCCGAGCAAGGUUUCGCCCAAUUCGAGCUUUUCACUGGACGUCGUGCUCCGCGACGUCUCAUGCGCACGAUCGUCUUGCAAGAAUACAAGGCGGAAGAAGAGCAAGAAGAGCAGUAUGAUCAUAGCGCUAUGCGAACCCGACUUGAGAAUCUAGAUGGGCAGCCUACAUGAAGUUUUUGAUCUGCUAGGGAUAUGGGAAAACGAAUAAUAUAUGGCAUAUCAUAUAAUGCUUCUCCUAGGGAUCAUUGGCGUUUUCGAUCCUCCCCCGUUCCGAACUCGAACAAUCAAGUAUCUAUUACCCUGAGGGUGCUCGUGGGGUGGGAAUGAGUCUCACCGUUACAUCCCGUUGUCACACGUCGUCUAGGUUUAAUCUCCGAAACAGAUGAUAUUUUCAAACUACUGAUGACUUAGAUGAUUGUUGUCGAAGCGCCUCAGAUUGGGGCCGCUGCAUAUAGCAAUAAUGUGGCGCUCAGCAGGACAGCAGCGCCCUACAGAGCCCGGCGCUGCUGAUUCCGGAGUCAAAAACUUUCAUCCUGCUUCCUACCUUAAGAGCAACUAAGCCUUUUUUUUUUUUUUUUUUUUUU